AUGCGGCUGCUGGUGCUGGUGCGUCUGCUGGUGCUGGUGCGUCUGCUGGUGCUGGUGCGUCCGCUGGUGCUGGUGCCUCUGCUGGUGCGUCUGCUGGUGCCUCUGCUGGUGCUGGUGCGUCUGCUGGUGCUGGUGCCUCUGCUGGUGCGUCUGCUGGUGCUGGUGCCUCUGCUGGUGCUGGUGCGUCUGCUGGUGCUGGUGCCUCUGCUGGUGCGUCUGCUGGUGCCUUCUGCUGGUGCCUCUGCUGGUGCUGGUGCGUCUGCUGGUGCUGGUGCCUCUGCUGGUGCGUCUGUGCUGGUGCGUCUGCUGGUGCUGGUGCCUCUGCUGGUGCUGGUGCUGGUGCCUCUGCUGGUGCGUCUGCUGGUGCCUCUGCUGGUGCCUCUGCUGGUGCUGGUGCCUCUGCUGGUGCUGGUGCUGAUGCGGCUGCUGCGGCGGCUGAUGUGGGUCAUGUCUCUAACACGAUUUGAGCAGGAGACUGAGUUGGUUUGUUGCAGUGUGAGGCUGAGGAGGGUCAGCGCCUGGGGUCUCUGA